AUGAGGAGAAAAGGAUCAGCAAUAAAUGCCUCAUCCUGGGGGGCACUGGGACAUGCUAACAUCAGCGUUAAAGCACGAGAAAAUGCACCUUUAACGCUGAUCAAACUAAUAGGUAGACCUAGUAAAACUCCAGCUGGGAAAGGCCUGGGAAAAGCAGGAGCUAAACGCUUGGGCCGAUUACUGAAACGAGCCAUCCAGCGGCAGGAGGAGUCCAACGGAGAGAGAAACGAUGCUCUGCCAAAGACUCCUGUUCGCCUCUUCAAGUAUCAGAUUCAAAAUGAGGCUGAGAACGCACCCAAGACGAACACUGAGCCGCUGGCAUCGCCUCACGUCUCCAAGCUCAUCCUCAGUGUGGUUUCCCAGUGCAAACACCAAGGUGGCAUCUCCAUGGCAGAGCUCAAGCAGACGCUGGCUGCUGGAGGCUACAAUGUCACCAAGAACAACAGGCGGGUUAACGUUGCGACCAAAAGGCUAGUCAACAACGAGACACUUGUAAGAACAACAAGAAAUGCAACAUUCAGCAUCAACAAUAAGAAGCUGACUGACACAACACACUUAAGGACAAGUCAAGAAAAGAGGAAAUCUCCACAACCAAACGAAGACCUGAAACAGAGCAACACAGCCAGCAAACCCCCCAAAGGAGCAGGAAAGUCACACAGACCAGCCAGACAGACUCCAAGAGCAGCAGGCAAAUCCAGAAAACCAAACGGCAAGAGUCGCAAACCAGCCGCCAAAUCGCCAAAAGGCAAGACUCGUAAACCAGCAGCCAAAUCACAAAAACCAAGAGGAAAGACUCACAAACCAGCAGCCAAAUCACAAAAACCAAGAGGAAAGACUCACAAACCAGCAGCCAAAUCCCAAAAAUCAAAAGGAAAGACUCGUAAACCAGCAGCCAAAUCCCAAAAACCAAAAGGAAAGACUCUUAAACCAACAGCCAAAUCCCAAAAACCAAAAGGAAAGACUCGCAAACCAGCAGCCAAAUCCCAAAAACCAAAAGGAAAGACUCGCAAACCAGCAGCCAUAUCGUACAGAUUAAGAAGCAAGACACUCAAAGCAAGGAGAAAAUCAGCAAAACCAGCAGGGAGGAAACGCAGACCUGUAAAUAACCGAGCAGCACAAGUUCGAAGAUCACCGAGGUCUCAAAGGGCUCGGAGUCGUGGACCAAAACAAAACUCCUAUAAAUAUAAAUGUUCCCAGAGAAGACAACAACGAAGACGGAGGUUUUCUAAAAUGAGAUUAAGAUCAAGACCACGGCAGCGCAGGGUAGCCAGGAGAAGAGCUUACUAUUAGAACUUGUGUUUGGAGUAAUUUAUGGA